ACACACACACACACACACACACACACCCCCCCUGACCUGCCACCGGAGGAGGGACACAGUCCUGUGUGUGAUAUAACGGGAGGAAUAGGGAGUGGCCAGACUCCUCAUACACCGGCAGCGAGAUCAGAUCAGGAACCUUCUCCGGCAGCUACAGUUUCCAGCGGCGCUGUUUGACUGACACGCCGGAUGUGGGUGAAGCCGUGUGAUGGCUCCGACCUUGCUGGGUGCAGCACUUCAGGCGUUUUCCCGGUCCCGGUCCUGGUCCUGGUCCUGGUCCUGACUCUGGUCCUGACUCUGUAGCUGGGUGAAGCGAUGCUGAAGGCGGCGAGGAGCGCGUGUGCGGGUCUGCUCAGCAGGUCGGCGGGCUGUUCAGCUGUCCUGCAGCAUCACUUAAACGUCCCCUCGGCGGGACUGAAGACGUACGAGCUGCCGCCAGACUACAGUGAUGUGGUUCUUCCAGAUAAGCCAAAGCUCAAAUUCCUCAAUAAAGUUCCUAAUUUGAAAAAGGCCAAGAAGGAGAUGAAGAGGCUAUGUGAUAUCCAGGGGCCAACUAAAGGUGCUAGCACAUUUACGACUGGACAGUAUGCAGUUGUGGCCAUGGGUGGAGGCUAUCUUCAGUGGGGACAUAUGGAGAUGAUGAGGCUCACCAUUAAUCGCCGUUUAGACCCGAGGACCGCUUUUGCCCGUUGGCGUAUCAACGCCCCAUAUAAGCCCAUUACACGUAAGGGGUUGGGCCAGCGUAUGGGCGGAGGCAAAGGCGCCAUUGACUACUACGUUACUCCAGUAAAAAGCGGCCGAUUAAUAGUGGAGGUCGGAGGCCACAUUGAACUUGCCGAAGUGGAAUCGGUGCUUAAAGAAGUGGCAAAGAAACUGCCCUUCCCAGCAAAGGUGAUGAGCAGAGAAAGUCUGGCUGCCAUGCAGCAAGAGCAAGCUGAGAAAGAGGCCAACAACCAGAACCCCUGGACCUUCCAAAGAAUAGCCAGAUCCAACAUGCUGGGCAUCCGGAAGGCCAUCAGCCCCUUUGACCUUCACAACCACGGCCGCUACACUGGAAAGUUCUUUAACUCAAACAGGGUCUGAGCUGAUACCAAUCAGGUGUGAUGAUCUAUAUCGAGACCUUAACGAAAAGUGUGAGAAUUGUGCAGAAGCUUGUUUUCCUCAUGCUGCCUCACAGGAUGCUGUCAUAGCAAGCAUGGUUGAUGUGGGUUUUGAGUGUGGAGGACUGUAAUUGCACCCUCUUUGAGAACGUCAGGCUUCUUAUUUUCAUUUUCUUUCUUAAGUAAAUGUUAUUCGAGUUAUUUAAGCCAAAGGACAUUACUUCAUUGUUAAUGACCGCAAGAUCGGUUUGGUUUUUCCUGUAACUUGUCAGCAUUUAUUGAGUAGGAGACUCAGUGAAGUCAGAAAAGACUAAAGGGGGAUGAAGGCAGUUUGUAGGUUGUUGGUACUGUAUUACCAUGACAUUGUAUUAUGUCUGAUACAUCAAUAAAAUCAUAAAAGUA